AUUAUGGAGAGAGGAAAUAGUGUGGAGAGAAAGAGAGAGAGAGUUGUGUACAUUUAAGUUACAUAUAACAGGUGUAUUUGGUAAAAAUUUUAGAAAGAUUACGUUUUCUCCAUCUAAUAUUAUACACAAAAUGUUGGAAAAACCACCUGGUCCGGAUAAUCAAUUAUCUAAGGAAGAUUAUUUAAUAAGGAGGGCUAAAGAAGCGUUGCCGAUCGAUAUUUAUGCUGCUAAAUCGUGGCUAAUUACUGCAAAAUCUCUGUUUCCUCAUAGUGCGAAAGUUCAGUUUGAGGCAUAUCGAAUCGAGAAACUGUCAAAAAAUGUUAAAGAAGCAGCAAAAUGUUUCAGCGAAAUAUUUCAAAAUUUUCCGGACGAUCGUGACAUAUGGAAAGAAAUAGAAACGGUGACAACAUGCCUUCGCUUGGAGCAAUGCGAUAGCGAGGCAGAAUUUUUAUGCCAAAUGUUUCAACAUAUUCCACAGGAUUUGCAACAUAGAUUACUUAUCAUGACAGCCGAUCACAGCGAAGACACAAUGGAGCAUUGCAAAUUAUUGCUUUUGUUGUUACGUAGAUUUCCCCAAACCAUAGCAACUCACGGACCACGUUUGGUGGAGACUCUCUUAACUGCUGAGAAACACAGUCAUCCAGGCCGAGCUGUGAAUGGUUUCAGAAGAUUAUUAGCAUGCGAUGCAUUGCCAUUGCUUGGUGCUGCUCCUGUAGAAUUAAAUCCUCGUCUCAGUUUAAGAUUGCUAUGUAAGGCCAUAGAAUUUUACUUGGCAUAUAUACAGCAGCCGCAGGAUGCACAUAUUCAAAACCCAUGGGACAGAUUAUUCCAAAUUGUGGAGUUAAUAGGCAAGAAAUUGGGAUGGGAGUUGAGCAAUUUAUUUUCUACGCCUUGGAACUGCGAGAUGUACAGUGAUAGAUUGCAACAGUAUGCAAUUGCGCACAAUACAGGCUUAUGCGACGAGCUUGUAGUCAGACAAUUAUUAAUGUGUACAGUUGUAACAUUAUUAAGAAUAUUAAACGAACAUGCCACUCUUAUUAACAAUGACGAGACAAUGUAUUGCCUGGUAGAGGCUUUUGGAGAAGGAAUACAUUCCUCCACAGAGCCAAAGUUGAAAAAACGAAAACGAGAAGAAAAUGCAAGUAUAGUAGUAACCAGUGAUAGUGAUUACAAUGGCAAUGGUCUAGCAUUGGCGGUAAAAUUGUGGGACUUGUUACACAGUAGUGAUUAUCUUCAAAGAGAAAUCGGCAAACUGAGUCAACAGUUACGAUUAGAUUCCUGGUUGAAUCCAUUCUUAACAGAUUUGGCGAUGUAUAAAGGCUUACAUCAUGAAGUGCUGGCCAGACUAUCACAAGAAGGCAGUAAUUUAUCUGUUAAUCUUCGUUUGGCUAGUAUGUGUUUCUUUUUGAGAGAUUAUAAGGGAAUGUUGGAACAUAUUGUUCUGGUAGCAAGUUUGUUACCCACUGUGUCAGGCAAAAUAUCUCACAAUUUGACGGUUUCAAGCAUAAGACAUUUACAUUAUUUGACUCUCGCCCGUUUCUCUGUUUUGCAAUAUUGUUGCAAAUUGCUUCUUUUAGCUAUAAAGGAAAAUUUCUCUUUACUUGGAAAUGUCGGGGACUUGGCUAUUGGACAUGCUUUAGUCCUAAUACAGAUAGAUUGGCCGCAAGAAGCCAAUACUUUGACUGCAAUAACUGAAAGAAUUCUUAAUCGCGGAAGUUUUGCUUACCCGUUAUUCCAAACGUAUAUAAUAUGCGUAGAUAUUUUGGAAGAAUUAACAUAUUUAUGGACUGAACACGGUGGUGGAAUAUCAUUGGACAUAACUACAGCCGCGGGAGUUUUACAAAAUCGCCGUAUCACUACUCGUGGUGCUGAUAAAGGAGUGCGCGAGGAAGUGAAGCAAGCCAUGCGUCGAUUAGCUGCACGCGAUGGCAUUGAUCCUUUAGACGAAUUGUUACAAAAAUUCAUAGUCAAUGAAAAAACUGCAAUUCUGCAUACUUUAAUUAUUUCAUGAAUUAAUUUUGGAUCUUGUUCUAAUUUUGUCAUAACUUGUGAUACAUGGCAAAAAUUAUAUAACUUGUGAUACAUGGCAAAUAUUAUAUUAUAUGAAAUAUUUUGUGAAGAUUUUAUAUGGAAUAAUAU